AUGGUCGUGGUGCACUUGACAGACGACGGUCGAGGUAUUGUCGAGAGAGCACCGACUGUCUCUGUGACAGUGCAUGAGCUGCAGGUGCCACUGAUCCCGAUCCCGACAAGUCUAUUGGAUGGCGAGGUACGCAACACCCGUCCCUUGACCUCUUUGAAUUCUCUCUAUCAAGCCAUGCGCUGUUGGAACCCCCAAGUAUUUUCAGCCUCGGUGGCGGAUGAAGCUCUCGAGGUGUGUUCAAACCGAUAUUUUGGCUUGAGGAUUGUGUAUGAAUGGAUCUCGCACCGUUUCGACAAGGCCACUCCCACCAUUACAUUUCCACGAGCAGACUGUGAUGCCUUUACCGUCGACCUCCUCGCCGGAAUCUCUUUCACAACAGCGACGUAUCCAAGCGAUGAUGCUCGACACAGGAGAACACGUCGAUCGCGUCGGGCGGCGCAAGUUAUGGCUGGGCGCCACAGUGGGCAUGCUAGUGUGCUAUGCCGUAUGGACAGCUCUCUCCGCCCGGUUCUGACGGUCGACGACACAAAUAUGACCGAAAGCCCGCCGACCGCGAAGCAGGCCACCAUUAAUCCGGCGGUGGUGGGGAAACGUAAGAGCCAGCAGUCCCAGUCCGAGGAUGACAACUUCUACGGCCCUGCCACUGUUGGUGGUGCUGGAAGCCCCUCUAAGGCAAGGCGUUGA